AUGACAACUCUUGAAAAAAUCGGCAUUCAGGGUAUACGAAGUUAUGGGGAUGAAGAGGCACAAGAACUGGAGUUUGCCUCACCAAUCACAGUGAUAUAUGGAAAUAAUGGGAGCGGGAAAUCAACAAUCAUUGAAUGUUUGAAAGUUAGUUGCACUGGAGAUUUUCCUCCAAAUGCAGAGAAAGGGAAAUCAUUUAUACAUGACCCAUUAGUAUCAAAUAAGAUGAAUAUAAGAGGGAAGAUAAAUUUACUUUUAAAAAAUUAUAACAAUAAAAGGGUUGGGAUAUCCAGAUCAUUUAAUUUAUUUUAUUGUAAAGAUAAAAAUAAAAAAAUAAAGCAUACAUUUAGAGCAUUAGAUAAUAACAUUAUAAUAAAAAAAGGUAAAGGACAAGAAGAUGUUAUAAUUACAAAUAAAUGUGUAGAUAUAAAUAAUCAUAUACCUAAAUUAAUGGGUGUUUCAAAAGCCCUUCUUGAAAAUGUUAUUUUAUGUCAUCAUGAAGAAAGUCUUUGGCCAUUUAGCGAAUCAGUAAAAAUAAAAAAGAAAUUUGAUGAAUUAUUUGGAGAUGAUAAUUUUUCUAAAAUUUUAGAUGAACUUAUAAAAUGCAAAAAGACAAUGAAUGAUAUGUUGAAAAGGAAGGAAUAUGAAUUAGGAACACUCAAGGAUUUUUAUGAGAAAAAGAAUAAUAUCACUUUAGAAAUUCAAAAAAAUGAAAAAGAAAUUGAAAAUUCUGAAACACUUAUGCAGUUACAUAAGGAAGAAAUUGAUCAAAGUUUAAACAUGUUACAAAAAUUAAAAAAGAAUAAUUCAAUUCUUAGUAAAUUAAUUUCUCAUAUGGAUAUGUAUUUUGUUUUGUAUGAAAAAUUUCAAUUCGAUAUGGAAAAUUACAAAAAUAUGAAAGAGAUAUAUGAAGAGGAUUCAAAAGAGUUACAACAAUAUGCGGAACUUUUACAAAAAGAUUUAAUAAGAUGUGAAACUUUAAUUGAAAAUGUGCAUCUCGAUAUAGUAGAGUUGGAGAAACAGUCAAAUUUAGAUGUCUACUCAUGUGAUGAAUUUGACAUCAAAGAACGAGAUGUUAUACAGGAAAGUUUAUCCCAAUUGGAAAGGCGGAAAACAAAUUUAAAAAAUUUAACGAAAUUAAUUUUUGACAUCGAUUCUUCUACCUUUUCAAUGCUGAAAAGGAGAAAUAUCAAGAGAAAAAUGCUUUCCGAGGAAUAUAUCCAGCUAUGCCAUUUUAUGAAAUCCAAUGAACCAAUUUUUGUGUAUGAACUGGAAAAAUGGAGGUUUGUUUUUUCAAAAAAGCCUCCCAAUUUUAAGUUUAACGUGGGCUAUGAGAGGAGCAGCCAUUCCAGUAGAAUUGCAAAAGAUGAGAAGAAUCAGGGAGAAAAUUCCAGAGGGGAUAUAACCAGUUUGUUGCACAGUAGAACCCUUGAUGAGGGGGAAAUCACUAAUGAAACUUCCAUUAGUGAUAAUCUUACGAAUAUGUUUCUAAUAAUGGAAGUAAGAAAAAUGGUUAGGAAGCAUGUACAUAAAUUAGCACUGAUAAGAACUGAGGUAUAUGAGAACAUUCGAGAGAGAAAGAAAAUUCUGAAAAAGAAAAAAAAUCUUAUUAGAAAACUAGAAAAGUGGAAAAGACGAAAUUCCAAAGUGGAUAAAAAAAUUGCAAAGAUGAAAAGGUAUCAAGAGAAAUUAACCCAAUUAAAAUGGAAGGACAAAUUGUACGAGAGCAAUAUCAAUAAUCUGGAAAAAAUGAAUCAGAUUGGAUGCAUCUAUGAUAGCAUUGAAUUGAGUGAACUGAAUUUCAAUUUGAUAGAAAUGGGGUGCGACAUACAUACCUAUACCGAUAAUGGAAUUGAGAGAAAAAAGGAACAACUAAAAAAAAUACAAAACUUGAAAAAGAAACUCGAAAAAAUGUUUCACAUUGCUACCAGUUUUAAUACAACAUAUAAACACUUUUUAAUAAUUCAGAGUAUGAACAUGAAUAUUAUAUCCUUUUUCCACGAACAGUGGGCCCUUUUUUCAGAGCUAGCCAAAUUUAGUGAAAUAUAUAACUCCAUAAGAGUAGACAACAGUGAUUUGUACGCUUACAUAGAAAAUCUGGUGCUCUAUUCUGAUGUGACCAACUCUGGAUUAGUAGAAGAAAAGCACGAAGGAUAUAAGUGGUGCAGUGAUGCACUCGCGGGAGUGCUCUGGACAAAGGGAGAGAGAGCGAUCGAAAAGGUAACAAGCGAAGGUGCGAGGGGCGAAGGAAAGAUGGGCGAAGGAGAAAUAGACGAAAGAGAAAUAAACGAAAAUGAAAUAGACGAAAAUGAAAUAGACGAAAAUGAAAUAGACGAAAAUGAAAUUGACGAAAAUGAAAUUGACGAAAAUGAAAUUGACGAAAGAGAAAUUGACGAAAAUGAAAUUGACGAAAGAGAAAUAAACGAAAAUGAAAUAGACGAAGCAAACGGAGGAGAUAUGCCAAAAGGGAAUGAAAUCCGUGUGAGUAUUGUACACAACCAAGUGGGAGAAAUAACAAAAAGGGAUAAAAUUGCAAAACUGAAAAAGUGCACCUCGUUGGAAAAUCCCUGUGAGGUCAAUUCAAGCAAAUGUGAAUAUAAAGAAUAUCCAAAAAGAAUAGUAAACAUAAAGAAUAAGAAAAGGAUGAACGAAUUUCGGGAUGAAUCCUGUUGUAGUAGACUGAAAAGGAAGAAGAAAAUAAUCGAAUUUUUUCCUCAGUAUGGAAAAAAUAAAAACUACAUGAAAAUAUUGAAUGAUUUGCUAAACGUAUAUGUAAAUAAAUAUGAGAAGAAAACAAAUAAUAUAGAAAGCAAAACACUUAAGUUAAAGGAAAAAUUAAUCCUAAUUUGUAGAGAAUUAGAUAUUGUUAAUAAUCAGACAGAAAAAUAUCCCGAGGUACUAUCUCAGUUCAGAAGAAUGCUUGAAAAAAUAAAUUUUAAAAAUAUGAAUGAUUUUAUUAAUCAUUUUUGUCAUUUCAAGAUAAAUAUAAAGAAAAUCAAAAUGGAUUUGAUAACCUUACGAUCUAAGGAAGAAUCACUGAAAUUUUUCUUACAAGAUGCACAAAAUUUGAAUUCGUGUCAUUUUUGCAAAAGUUCUAUUAGUACAUCUGAACUCAGCAGUUUUUCUAUAUUAAAUGCCGAGAAGCAAAGAGAAGAAAUAAACCAAGAGUUAGAAGAGAAACAAAAACUUCUUACAAAUUUAAAAAGCGAAAAAAAGGAAAUGAAAAAUUUGUUAGUGUACUAUUACCAUAAUGUAGAACCCAUAUGCAGAGAUAACAAUGUAUUAAGUGAUUAUUUACAUUUUAUGAAAAAUGAAUUGGUAAAUGUACAAAAUGGUAUACAUAACUGUUCCAUGAAAAUAAAUAAUAUUAAUGAAAAUUAUGAAUUACUGAUGCGAUUGAAAAAGAGAUGUAAUCAUCUUGUUGAAAGAGAAACUAACGUCAUUUCCAUGCAGCAACAAUUAUAUGCACGACACAGGAAGGUGAAGCUAGCGCUUAGAAACUAUAGAGACAUAUUCUCACAGGGGAAGGAAUGUGUUCAAUUCUUUCGUUCUUUCCUGGACGAACUAGAAGUUGGAACGGCUGAAGUGGAGGCAGCAGAAGUUGUAGCAGCACAAGUGGAAGACGUGGGCUUAAUAAUGGAAGUGAAACAAUUUCUGCUUAAGUCCCUUCCCCAAUAUAUCAAUCUGUAUGACAACAAAGAAAUCAUGAAUUUUUUUUUUCAGAAAGUAAGUGAACAUGUGGAGAGUCAUUUAGUGAGGCAGUUUAUUGAGCAUGAAUCAAACGAUAUCGUCGAGGAGGAAUCGGAAAAUCAUGUGAUGAAAAAAAAUAAGAAGUAUGUAGAUGCUUUUGAGAACUCAAAUUUGGAUGAAGUAGGAAAAACGCUUACCUCUCAGACCGAAUGUGAUAGCACGAUAGAAAAUUCAAGAGAUACAUCAUCACACGAUGAAGGAGAAGAGGAUCUUAUCAUGAGGUACUCAAAAUCUCAUUUAGAAGGUUCCCUUUUGGAAAAUAAGGAUUUGUUGUCAAAUUGCACAAAUGGAGGUGAAAAAUCGAUUAUAUUAAUUAAAAAUCUUCAUGCUGAAUGGGUGAAAGAAAAGACAAUAAAGAGAAGUGAAAAGUGUGAAUCCAUUAUAAUGAACAACAUUAAUGUAAUGCAUAUGCUAAAAUCGGUAAAUUUGAAGAAUAAAGAAUUCCUUAGUUUAUAUGAUAAACUGUUGUUAUGUAUAAAUUUGGAGGAAAUGAAGAAGAAACAAGAAAUAGACAUGAUACAUAGAAUGAAAUCGGUCAUAAAGGACAGAAAAGAAUAUGUAAAAAAAAAGAUAGAUGAAUUACAAAAUAAUCUAGAAAGAGAAAAACAAAUUAGAGAAUCGAUUAAUAAAUCAGAAAAAUAUAUUGCAUACUAUUUGGGAAAAAAGAUAUGUAUACAAAAAAAAGAAGAGACAAUUUUGACAUUGAUGAAAAGGGUUCAAUUAGAAGAAAAAAAUAUGAGAAGAAAUAUCAGAAGAAAAAGAAAUGAUAUAUUAUUUCUAAAUAAAUUGUACUAUAUAAAAAUAAAUAUAAUUAAACAGCUGAAUAAUCUUUUGACAGAAAUUAAUACAGAAAAGGAAGUAAAAGGAAACCAGUUGAGAAGAGUGAUUGAAAAAAUACAAAAUAAUCAAGUUAUAAAAAAUGAAUCAAAUGAACUUGUUAACAAAAUCAAUAAAAAAAAAGAACAAAUUUUAUGUCUACAAGAGGAAAAGAUAAAUAUUGAAAAAAUGCAUCACAAUGUUGUUAUGAAUACGAAUUUAAAAAAAAUGCACGAAAAUUUUUUAAAUCAUCAAAAAAAUUUCAUUUCAUCAUUGAAUGAGUUUAAAAAUACAUUUUUUUUACAUGAUAAACAGGAAAAGCAACUGAAUGAAAUAAAUUCUAUGAUUAAACAACUUGAUGAAAUGUAUGAAACAGAUUGUGAUAUUUACAAAUUCAUAAACGAAAGUUUUACCUUUUUAAAUUAUAAAAAUGAAUUACUUGAAUUAGCAUAUAGAGAAGAAGAUAAUUUAAGAGAGAAAAUAGAACGACAUACAAAAUCGGUUACCGAUUUGAAAAUGAAAGAAGCAGAAAUGAAAGGGAAAAUAGAGUUGAGAAAAGAAUAUGUAGAAAAAUUAAUAAGUGAUAGGAACUCUGAUUCAUAUACUAAUAUAGAAAAAAAAUAUAAAAAAAAAAUUAUAGAAAUAUUUGUAUACAAAAAUGUAAUCAAAGACAUAUGUAACUUUUACAACUCUUUUGACCAAGCAAUUAUAAAAUUUCACUCUUUAAAAAUGCAAGAAAUUAAUAUUUCUAUAAAAAAUUUAUGGAGACGAGUAUAUAACAGCGCUGAUAUUGAUUAUAUAUAUAUAAAAUCGGAUAUACAAACAGAAAAUAAUGGGAAAAUACAACAAAGAAGAUCCUAUAAUUAUCGAGUUGUAAUGGUCAAAGACAAUUGCGAAUUGGAUAUGAAAGGCAGAUGCUCAUCAGGACAAAAAGUGCUAUCAUCCAUCAUUAUUAGACUUGCUUUAGCAGAAUCAUUUUCCAUUAAAUGUGGAAUAUUAGCCCUAGACGAACCAACAACCAAUCUUGAUAAAUCAAACUCUAAAAAUUUAGCUAGUUUAAUUGCAAAUAUUGUAGAUAUCAGAAAGGAAAGUUCCUCCUUUCAACUUAUUUUAAUAACACAUGACACUUAUUUUGUGGAUAUAUUAUCCCAAUAUGGAUUAACCAAUUGUUUUUACAAAAUUAGGAAAGACAAUAUGGGAUAUUCAAAAAUAAUCAAAAUAAGGAAUUAG